AUGCAUCCUUGUCAUUAUUUAACAUCCAUACUAAGUAUAUUUUUAUCAAUCAGCAUUGCACCACUUAUUGUACAUGGUGUGACUGAUCUUAAUCAAUCAAAAACUCUUGAAUAUUAUACUAAUAAGAUUAAUUCAUCGAAUACAUGCUCAAAAAUUCAUUCGAAUUGUAGUUUACAAGAUGGUAUAAUUAUUCCUAUAUGGCGUCCUCAAGAAGGUAUUUCAACUGGUGAUCGAAUUUCGCGUGCUAUUGUUUAUCUAUUAGCACUUAUUUAUAUGUUUAUCGGUGUUGCUAUUAUAUCAGAUCGUUUUAUGGCUUCAAUUGAAGUUAUAACUUCACAAAAACGUGAAAUACGUAAAAAAAAUCCUGAUGGAACAGUAUCAAUAACAACAGUAGCGAUAUGGAAUGAAACUGUAUCAAAUUUAACCUUAAUGGCAUUAGGUUCAUCAGCACCUGAAAUACUUUUAUCAAUUAUUGAAGUUGUUGGUAAAAAUUUUAAAAGUGGAGAUCUUGGACCAGGUACAAUUGUUGGUUCAGCAGCAUUUAAUUUAUUUGUUAUUAUUGCUAUAUGUAUUAUGUCAAUACCAUCCGGUGAAGUUCGUCGUAUACGCCAUCAACGUGUAUUUUUUGUGACAACAGCUUGGUCCAUAUUUGCUUAUAUAUGGUUAUGGGCUAUUGUUGCAAAAAUUUCUCCUGGUUACAUUGAAGUAUGGGAAGGCACAUUAACAUUUUUAUUUUUUCCUUUAACGGUCUUUUCGGCAUAUAUUGUUGACACAAAAGUGGGUCAAUUUAUACGUAUACGUAUAACAUCACAAAAACAAGUUUUACAAUUAGAUAAUCAUACAACAUCACCUCUACCUAUAUCAGGUGAAGAUUUAGAAGGAAAAGGUAUGAUAGAUGGAACAAAUCGAAAUUCAUUAACACCAAGUACAAAUGAUAUGUAUCGAAAGAAAACAAGUAGUGUUAUAACAGGUUCAAUAUUAGAACAAUUAGGAGGUUCAACAGGUGGUUUAGAUGAAACAGGAACAUUAUCUGAUCAGAUUGAAUCUCAACAACGUCAAGAAUUUAUUGAGAUAUGGCGUGAAUUACGUAAACAAUAUCCCAAUCAUGAUAUGACAGCAUUAAAUGAAAUGGCUUCUCUUGAAAUGAUGGAACGUGCACCAAAAUCACGAGCCUAUUAUCGUAUUCAAGCAACAAAACGUUUAGGAGGUGGUGGUGGUAAUGUUAAAAAGAGAUUAUUAGAAAAAUUACAUGAACCAGAUAAAAUUGAUCCAUCUGAAAAACAAACAUUAGCAGUCGAUACAACACCUCAUAUAAGUAAAAUACAUUUUGAACCAAGUCAUUAUACUGUUCUAGAAAAUGCUGGUUAUGCUACAUUACAUGUUGUACGUACAGAUGGAAAUCUACGAAAUACAGUUUAUGUUGAUUAUAUGACAGAAGAUGGUACGGCAACACAUGGAGGCGAUUAUGAGCCAGCUGAAGGUACUUUAAUUUUUUAUCCAAUGGAAACACAUAAACAAAUUCAAGUGAAAAUAAUUGAUGAUGAAAUAUUUGAAGAAGAUGAACAUUUCUCGGUUAAAUUAAGUAAUCUUAAAAUAAAAGAUAAUCAAGGACGUUUAACACCGGGUGCAUUUGAUAAAACUGUUCAAUUAGCAGAACCAUCAAUAGCAACUGUUAUGAUUAUUGAUGAUGAUCAUUCCGGUUUAUUUGUUUUUGAUACUGAAGAAAAAACUGUUGUAGAAUCUGAUCGUCAUGCUGAAAUUAAAGUUUUACGAACAUCAGGUGCUCGUGGUCGUGUACGAGUACCAUAUACAACUGAAGAUGAAACAGCUUUAAAUGAAAGAGAUUAUAUAGCUAAAACUGAUGAAGUUAUUUUUGAAAAUGAAGAAAAUGAAAAAACCAUAACAAUUGAAAUACUUGAUCGUGAUCAAUAUCAACGAAAUGAAUCAUUUCUUAUUCGAUUAGGUGAACCAUCACUUAUUAAAGAAAGUGAUGCAAUAGACGAAUCAUUAUUAACAGAACACGACAAAUUAGUUGCUGAAUUAGGUAGACCAAAAUUAGGUGAAAGAAAUAUUAUUCGUGUUCGUAUACAUGAAAGCAAAGAAUUUAAAAAUGCUGUUGAUAAAGCUUUAUAUAAAGCAAAUACAGCAAUACUUGUGGGUACAUCAACAUGGUUAGAACAAUUUAAACAGGCAUUUAGCGUAAAAGAUGAUGAUGAUGAUGUAGUAGAAUCAGGUGAAUCAAAUGAUGAUGAAGAUAAACCAGCAACAUGCAAAGACUAUAUGUUACAUUUUGUAUCAUUUUUUUGGAAAUUUUUAUUUGCAUUUGUACCACCAACAAGUAUUGGUGGUGGAUGGGUUUGUUUUGUUGUAUCAAUUAUUAUAAUUGGUCUUCUUACUGCAGUUAUCGGUGAUUUAGCAACACAUUUUGGUUGUACCGUUGGUCUUACAGAUACAAUGACAGCUAUUGCAUUUGUUGCAUUAGGAACAUCAUUACCCGACACAUUUGCAUCAAAAGUAGCUGCGGAACAUGAUAAAUAUGCUGAUAGUUCUGUAGGAAAUGUCAAUGGUUCAAAUGCUGUGAAUGUUUUCUUGGGUAUUGGUUUACCAUGGGCUAUAUCAGCAUGGUAUCAUUAUUUUAAACAGACAAAAUUCGAAGUGCAAACAGGAUCAUUAUCAUUCAGUGUAACUUUAUUUUGUACAUUUGCAGCUGUUGCUGUAACGAUAUUAUUACUACGACGUUUGAAAUGUUUCGGUGGAGGAGAAUUAGGUGGUCCAAUGAAAUGGCGUAUUAUAUCAAGUCUUCUAUUUCUUUCACUCUGGAUUACUUAUUUAGUAUUAAGUGGACUCGAAAAUUAUUGUCAUAUUAAUCUGUAA